AUGGCACCCUCCUUGGAGGUACCUGAAGUGUCUGCUCUUGAAGCUCACCUGAGAGCUGCCCCGAAACUCGUCGCCCCCGAACCAGAUGUCCCACCGCCAGAACACUGUCCAGGCCCAGAGUCCGAAAAAGCUGGUCAGGGCGACGCUUGUCAAGGUUGUCCCAACCAAUCGAUAUGCGCGUCUGCACCGAAAGGGCCAGAUCCUGACAUACCUCUCAUCACCACCCGUCUCUCCGGCAUACGACACAAGAUACUCGUGCUUUCCGGGAAGGGAGGUGUGGGCAAAUCAACCUUCUCGUCCCUCCUCUCACAUGCCUUCGCAUCGAAUCCCGACCUUGAUGUUGGCAUCAUGGAUACAGAUAUAUGCGGACCGUCAAUACCCAAGAUGAUGGGGGUGGAGUCAGAAACAAUACACGUUAGUAAUGCGGGUUGGAGUCCGGUAUGGGUGACAGAUAAUUUGGGCGUCAUGAGCGUGCAGUUUAUGCUGCCAAACAGAGACGAUGCGGUGAUAUGGCGUGGACCGAAGAAGAAUGGACUUAUCAAGCAAUUCCUGAAAGAUGUUGAAUGGGGUGAGCUUGAUUAUCUGAUAGUGGACACGCCACCUGGAACUUCUGAUGAGCACUUAUCUGUCAACUCCUUCUUAAAGGAAUCUGGCAUUGAUGGUGCGAUGGUGGUCACGACGCCGCAAGAAGUGUCACUUCUUGAUGUGAGGAAGGAGAUCGAUUUCUGUCGGAAAGCUGGCAUCAGAGUACUGGGCCUGGUCGAGAACAUGUCUGGCUUCGUGUGUCCGAAGUGUACCCACGAGUCUCAGAUCUUCAAAGCGACCACGGGAGGUGGCAGGCAGUUGUGCCAGGAGAUGGGCAUUCCCUUCCUUGGCGCCGUGCCACUUGACCCAAGAAUUGGUAUGGCUUGCGACUUUGGGGAGAGCUUUAUGGACGGCUUCCCCGAUAGUCCUGCCUGCAAGGCCCUCAGAGGCGUUGUCAGAAAACUAGGAGAGAUCAUUGGCGAAGAUCCAGAUCAAUUAUUGCCAGAUGGUCCCCUUUGA